CCAAUCCUGUUUCUACUGUUUUUUCGGGGACCCCCCUUUGAGUGAAGGGAAUCUUUUCUGGUUCUUUACCCUUUCUCUUUCUUUUCUCUGUUCACAUCCUCUGUUCCUAUACCGAAGGCCUACCCACAUAAAACUAAAAUAAACAUACUACCCCUGUAUAUUCAUCAUCUAGAGAGAGAGAGAGAGAGAGAGAGAGAGAGAGAACCCACUCACUCACUCGGCGUGCAAAACCCAAAAGAAAAGCAGCUGAGAUUGCAAUCCCACAAACAAUCAUAACUUUCUCCCUCUCUUUCCCUUUCUCCUUCCCCUUUCAUUCCCCUUUUAUUGCGUUUGGUUUUUAUAUUUGUUUCGGUGGGGGCUUCUCUUGGGAUGUUAUAUGAUAGUGGUUGGAUUUUCAGUCUUUUGGUACUGCCUUUCUGCGCUCUCACUUGAUGGGUUGAAGCUCUGGUAAAACCGAGAGAUUUUUCUGUUUUCCAGCUGAUUUCCGGGGGUGAAACUUGAAGAAAAGCCAAUUUUCCACUUGGGUUUCUUAUACUAGUCUUUUUACUUGGAACUAAGAAAUGGAUGGAUGCUCAAAAACGGACAUGGACUGUCCGCAGCUGCUGGAUUUGAUACCUAAAGACAGAGAGUGGCUUGUACAGAGGGGCGAGCAAAACAGCCAUGGAUCUUCAGAGGAGAAAAAGCUUGAGCUAAGGCUUGGUCCACCAGGUGAAGAAAGAGAGGAAUCAUCUCUCCUCUCUCUUGGGUACUUCUCUAACAAAACUAACCAGAACAGAGGAAUCAGAGGAUUUACAAACGCUGUUGAAAUGAAACCAGGGGAGAAAGCAUGGAUCAUGAACAACAACAAUGGAGGCCAAACCCAUUUUUCUUUUUCAGAAAAUCCAUUUGGGUCAUCCUCGGAUUACAUGGUAAAGACCCAACAACAGCAGCAGCAGCAGCAGGGUAAUGCUCUGUUUCCUUUGAUUCAAUCGAACCCACAAAGAAUGGCCAUAAAGGCAAAGGAAUCAUCACAUGGCUGUCCCAAUAAAGGAGAAGAUCUGCAGCAGAAAAAUGCAGAAAAGAAGGUCUUUCCACCACCACCAGCUUCUGCAAAUCCAGCUGUGGCCACCAACAGCUCUCAGAAAAGAACUGCUCCUGCUCCAGUAGUGGGGUGGCCUCCAAUUCGUUCAUUUAGGAAGAAUCUUGCCAGUAGCAGUUCAUCCAAGCCGAUCCCUGAGUCGCAAAAUGUUGCCCCGAACAAGGAAUUGAGUGAAAAACCGGCUGAAAGUUGUAAAAAAGGUUUCUUUGUGAAGAUAAAUAUGGAUGGAGUUCCCAUUGGAAGGAAAGUUGAUCUCAAAGCCUAUGACAGCUAUGAAAACCUCUCCUCUUCUGUUGAUGAGCUCUUCAGAGGCCUACUUGCAGCUCAAAGAGAUUCCUCGGCUAGUGGAAUUCAGAACAGGCAAGAGGGAGAGAAAGCGAUUACAGGUUUAUUAGAUGGAAGUGGGGAAUAUACCCUUGUUUAUGAGGACAAUGAAGGAGACAGGAUGCUUGUUGGAGAUGUCCCAUGGCACAUGUUUGUGUCCACUGUCAAAAGGCUGCGCGUCUUGAAAACCUCUGAGCUGUCGACAUUACGCUUUGGUAAUAAGCAACAGAAGAUCCCACUUGACGCUGCAAAGAAUUGAAGGAAAGCGUAGUGUUUUCAUGUGAGAAUCUGGAGGAGACCUGAUUUGUGAAUCAAAUUUGACACAUUUGAUUGUAUGUUCCGAGUGAGAGAGAAUAGCAAUUGUAUUUAAAUAUACUCGUGCUCAUGUAUUGGGAAUGGACUUGUUUUCUUGUAAGUUUUCGAAAUUUUCCUUUUCUUUCCGGCUUUUUUCUUGGACGAAAAGGUCAAGAUAGAAGGGCUACAUAUGGGGAUGACUAUGCUUUUCUAUUUUUUUUUCCCCUCUACUUGUUUGUGCUGUAAUUUACUUCUGCUUAACGUGGGUUUUCUAUCUUUUUCCCCC